CAAUCACCAUGAUGAUCAUGAUGAUGCCUCUGCCCUUCUCUCUGACUCCUGGGCCCCACUCUCACCUCCUCCCCAGACUUCACUUUAAGAAUCUAUCUGUCCUCCAUUACCCGCAAUCCAAUGCCCUUAUGUUUUUGGUUUGCAAAAUUAAAAUUAAAAUUUAUUUUUCCUAAAUCAAUAACUAAACAAAAAUAAUAAUAAAAAAAAAAUUAAAAAUUAAAGUUCAUUUUCUUAUUAUUUUCUUGGUUUCAAACCAAAUUCAAAAAUUUAAGUAUCCGCUAUAUAUAGGCUUAGGUGGGUUUAGACAGAAACAACACUAGGCAGUGCUUCACUCUCGUUUUCAUAAAAACAAAAAAUACUAAGAUGAGCCAGGGUUGUGCCGGCCGUUCUGUGGUGUUGCUCGGCCUCAUCAUACUUACCCUGGUCCUCUUUACCUCUCCAGUCUGUGCGUGGCGUCCAUGGCCCCAAAACAGCUCCAACCCACUCUAUGGUGAUUCCAAGAAGUUCGAAGGGUCAUCCGAGUUCGUACACUUGAAAUACCAUAUGGGUCCAGUACUCACCGCCGAUAUUACAGUCCAUACCAUCUGGUACGGUUCCUGGCAAAGAAGCCAGAAAAAGAUCAUCCGCGAGUUCAUCAACUCAAUCUCAGCCGUUAAUUCCAGACGUCCAUCCGUAGCCGGGUGGUGGAAAACCGUACAGAUGUACACGGACCAGACCGGGAAGAACAUCUCGCGAACCGUUCGCCUAGGCUCGGAGAAGAACGAUCGGUUUUACUCGCACGGUAAAACCCUGACCAGACUAGACAUACAGUCUGUGAUCAAAAGCGCGGUGACGGCGAAAUCAAAGCCGUUGCCGAUCAAUCCACAGAGCGGGAUCUACCUGGUUUUCACCUCCGAAGACGUGUACGUCCAGGAUUUCUGCAGACAGGUCUGUGGCUUUCACUACUUCACUUUCCCUUCCAUUGUUGGGUACACUCUUCCGUACGCGUGGGUGGGAAACUCGGGCAAAAUGUGCCCCGACGUCUGCGCCUACCCAUUUUCGGUGCCGAGCUACAUGACGGGACUCAAACCUCUAAAGUCACCCAACGGUGACAUAGGGGUGGACGGGAUGAUAAGUGUGAUUGGGCACGAGGUUGCUGAGCUGGCAACGAACCCCUUGGUGAACGCCUGGUACGCGGGUCAGGACCCGAGUUUCCCGGUGGAGAUUGCUGAUCUCUGCGAAGGUAUUUAUGGAACCGGUGGUGGCGGGUCGUACACAGGUCAGCUAAUGGACGGUCACGAUGGUGCCACGUUUAACAUGAACGGGAUCAGACGGAGGUUUUUGGUUCAGUGGGUUUGGAACCACCUGUUGAAUUACUGUAGUGGCCCCAAUGCACUUGAUCAGUAAAAUUAAAAAAAUUUGAAUUUUCUCAGAUAAUUUAUAAAUAUAUAUAAUAUUAUUAUUAAUUUUUUUCUUUUCUUCUUUUGGGUUAUGGUUUCUGAGCUGAUCGGGUCUCCCUGGGUUUGGCUUUUCAUCUUGUGAAGCUUUGUUUGUUAAUGCGUAAUUAUAAUCAGCUGUUAAGGUAGUUUAAGUUUGUUAAUUAUUGUAAUAAUAUUAUUUUUCGUAUACUAUUUUUGUUAUACCAAAAGAUCAUGUCGUUCUCUCUUUUAAAUCCAAAACGAAUUGUCGUA